AUGUCAUUGUUCAACCAAAUGAAACUCAGUGUGGCGAAGGCAUUACAAUUCAGUACCGAUGGCAACAUAUUCGAGAUUCCGGACUGUGCUGCAUUAUUGACAACGGAUAAAAUCUCUAUCAAAGUAGCUAGCGAUACUCAAAUGAUCAAAGCAAUAGUAGAUUAUAGUGAACAUCACACUGCAAAUUUUAAUAUUCGUUUUUUGAUACGAGACGAAAGAAGAGAUAAGAAAACAAUUAUGUCUGCUAACCUGAUAUCUGGUCACGGUUUCGAAGUAAAGAAUGCAACCGGAGCACGGGUAAUGGAUAUUAAAAUACCAAAUAGUACCGCUUCAUUGUCAAUUGGAAAAAUUGUUCAUCCUCUCAGUGCCACAAUUUAUAAGGUAUUAUAUGAUAACAUGGAGACAAACAAUCAUCGUUUUCAAGUGCAUCAUUUAUCAUCGGAUCAAUCGUUAAUUAAUGUCGAAAAGAUCUCUUUGUCGGUGUAUCCAAUACUUAAAAUGAUUGGAAUACUCGAAACUGAAUGCGUCUAUCAGUUCAAACGUAUGGAUGGUAUUGAAGUGGCACGCGUUUAUCCUAAAAUUGUUUUAAACGGCAGGACGCUUAUUUUGAAAUAUGAAACGAUGCAACUUGGCAUGCAAAUGCGUGCAGUAAUUUUGGGUACAUCAUUAAUGCUUGUUUUGCAUGAUGUAUAUCCGGAUAUCCGGAAUGCAUUGGCCGCAUCAAUUUUAAGGAUUGGAAGUGGUGAAGCCAUGAAUACCUAA